AUGGCAUUCGGCGGCUUCUUUGGCGGUUCCUCGUCCUCGGGCGACAAAAACAACAACUCUUCGACGGACUCUUCACCCACCAUCACGAAUCCGCUCUCCUCUUCCUUUCCAUCCUCGUCGCCCUCGACAACACAAACUCUCCAACGCAUCCAAUCAGCCAUCACGGAACAAAGCAACGUCAGCAACGCCAAGCAACUCAUCUCCAACGUCAAUACAAACUGCUUUGAGAAAUGCGUGCCUUCUCCGGGCGGGAGUCUCAGCUCCGGCGAGCAGAAAUGUCUCACGGCGUGUAUGGAGAAAUACAUUGAUGCCUGGAACGUCACGAGUAGGACGUAUACAGCACGGUUGCAGAAGGAGAGUGCAGCGUUUGCUGGUCUGGGAGGGGCAGGCGCGCAGGCAGGAGGUGGGAAGGAGCUCUUUUGA